AUGCUCCGAAAAGGCAAUGCAGCCAACGCCUACAUCAAGCUGCUGGACCUCAUCGCGAUCAUUGGCGAGCUCAUUGUCUUCUCCUACUUCACGCUUGACCGCAACCCCGCCGCCAUAGCCUUCAUCUUGGCGAUGCCCGCCUGCAUGGUGGUCUAUUUCGCCAUCGUGAGCAACCUGUGCCGCGCGGGCGUGAACGAGUGGAAGGUGAAGGAGGCCCUGGUCCUACGCAUUGUGGCCGAAGUCUGCGAGCGAUACCGUCUCGUAGCAGACUACUUCCAGCGGCCGCAGAUGAAUGAGGCUUUCGCGGCAACGGCCGGGGCCUUGCGGAAGGCCCAGAGUCGGAAAGCCUUGGCAAAGCUCAACGACGACAUGUUCCCGCAAUGGUUGGGCCCCGGCUUCACUGGCCUCUACAUCGCCAUGGAUGCCAAUAACGUCUUGACCGGGCAGGUCUCCCUCGGCACCUUUCUGGCCACCAUCAGCAUUUUGGGCAGCAUCAGCGGCCAGUUCGCCCGGGCCUACUGCGUUGUCUUGGACAUCGUGGAGUUGACGGCGCCGGUGCGCAAGCUCACCGUCUUCUUCAACAAGCAGACGGACCUGCUCACCUGGAAGGCCGUCAACCGGCAGCGGCGGGAGAACACGAGAAAAGCGCGCGGUGACAUCUUGGCCAAGGAGGGAGCCGAAGAAGAGGGGCUCUACAAGACGGACCUCAUCGAGCUGAGGCUGGAGAACAUGUCCUACUCGAAUGCAGCGAGAACGCUCUUCCAGAACGUCAACGUGACGAUUCCGCAGGGAAAGCUCGUCGCUGUUGCUGGGGGGCAUGGCUCAGGGAAGUCCACAUUGAUGAGGCUACUCAGCCACAUCAUCUUCCCGAAGGAUGGCUGCAUCUUCUUCCCGUCGCAUCUGCGCAUCCUGCACUUAGCGCAGGAGCCGCUGAUCCUGAACGCUUCUGCCUGGGUGAACUUGGUCUUCGGCGUGGGCGACCGCCCCGUCGUCCCGAAGCGCAUCCGGAAGAUCCUCGAGAUGAUGGGGAUGACGGCCACACUGAAGCUGAUUGAGGAGGAUCUAGCCCGGGUGGAACGCGAGGGCCGCCGCAAAGCCGGAGACACCUGGAGUCGACCGGCGGACAGCGCGUGGAUGGAAAGCCUCACAUACACGGAGAAGGUGAAGAUGUGCUUGGCUCGUGCUUUGAUCAUGAACCCAGAAGUCAUGGUCCUCCAGCGUCCGCUACACCACUACGACGCCGCCACCGCCAUCACCAUGGAGAAGCUGCUGAGGGCACACGUGGUUGAGAGAGGCCUGGUGCUGCCGGAGGAGCAACGCAUCCAUAGGAGACCUCGCACGGCCUUUUUCACAUUGGAGAGCGCCGAGCAGGCUGAGGAAGCCGACAUGACCUUGUACAUUCAGGAGGACGGCACCAUUGCGACGCAGAGCAAUCCGCUCAAGGACACACCGGUCGAGGAGAAGCCCGUCGGGGACAAGCCGGUCGAGGAGAAGCCGGCAGAGGAGCCGCCGGCGGAGGCGCCGCCGGCGGAGGCGCCGCCGGCGGAGGCGCCGCCGGCGGAGGAGAAGCCGGCGGAGGAGCCGCCGGCGGAGGAGCAGCCGGCGGAGGAGCGUCUGAUUGAGGAAAUGUUAGAGGAAGAAGCCAAGCCGAUGGAGUGA